CCGCCGGUGCCCCGGAGCCGCCGCGCUAUGGAGCCACCGGGCCCCGCCGGGGCUCCGGGCCGGCCCUGGGAUGAAGCCAAGGCUUUCUACGACAAUCUCGCCCCCAAGAAGAAGCCCAAAUCGCCCAAACCCGAGAACGCCAUCACCAUCGCGGUGUCCUCGCGGGCGCUGUUCCGCAUGGAGGAGGAGCAGAAGAUCUACACGGAGCAGGGCGUGGAGGCCUACGUGAAAUAUCAGCUGGACCACGAGAACGAGCCCUUCCUCCCCGGGGCCGCCUUCCCCUUCGUCAAGGCUCUGGAGGCGGUGAAUGCUCAGCUCCGUGAGCUCUACCCCGACAGCGAGGAGCUCUUCGACAUCGUCCUCAUGACCAACAACCACGCCCAGGUUGGGGUUCGCUUGAUCAACAGCAUCAACCACUACGAUCUGUUCAUCGAGAGGUUCUGCAUGACGGGAGGGAACAGCCCCAUCUGUUACCUCAAGGCCUAUCACACCAACCUCUACCUGUCCUCCGACGCCGAGAAAGUGAGUGGGGCCAUUGAAGAGGGGAUCGCUGCUGCCACCAUCUUCAGCCCCAGCAGGGACCUGGAGGUGUCGGAGAAGCAGCUGCGGGUGGCGUUCGACGGCGACGCCGUGCUCUUCUCGGAUGAGUCGGAGCAGAUCGUGAAGGCUCAUGGGCUGGACAUGUUCUUCGAGCACGAAAAGGCCCACGAGAACAAGCCCCUGGCACAGGGCCCCCUGAAGGGUUUCCUGGAGGCGCUGGGGAAGCUGCAGAAGAAGUUCUACUCCAAGGGGCUGCGUUUGGAGUGCCCCAUCCGCACGUACCUGGUGACGGCGCGGAGCGCGGCCAGCUCGGGGGCGCGGGCCCUAAAGACUCUGCGCAGUUGGGGCCUGGAGACGGACGAGGCUCUGUUCCUGGCCGGGGCUCCCAAGGGGCCUCUGCUCAGGAAAAUCCGGCCCCACAUCUUCUUUGAUGACCAGAUGUUCCACGUGGAGGGAGCGCAGGAGAUGGGCGCCGUGGCCGCCCACGUCCCCUACGGCGUGGCCCAGAAACACAAGCGGGAGAAGCAGAAGACCCCCAACAGCAAAUAGUGGGGCUGGGGGAGAUCCCAGAGCCUCCAGCACUGAUCUCACCCCGUGGGCCACGCUCCCUGCUCGUGCAGGGGGUGUUUGUUGAGCUCAUCCCCCUCUCAGGGGUGAGGAGAGAGGAGGAAAAUCUUCCUCGGUGCCCAUGGAGGUGUUGUGGCAUUGUCCCCGUUCCUCCUGGGGCUCCUCAGUGCCAGGAGAUGUUUUCCCAGUUCCUCCCAGCACUCGCUUCUGGCAAAAAAUCCCUCGAGGAUGGCUCUGCCUUGUGUGGGAUCUUUGUGCCAGGCAGGUUUAAUCUAUUUAUUUAAAACCCCCAAGCCACUCCCAGAGCCUUGUGGCUUUCCCAAGCAAAUGUUUCAGGCUGAACUGUUGAACUGGAAAGUUGGGAGCGCCCAAAAAAAGCUUCCAAGCGGCUUUGAAACAAAAUUUUGUCCUUUUUAACUGGAAUUUAUUGUUCCUUCACAGCCCCAGCUGCUGCUUCCCAACCAGAAAACACUCAGUGUCUGUCCUUUCACCAAGAUUUUGCCAGCUUAAAACUGGAAAAAAUAGAAAGAAACACUUAACAUAUUAAAAAAGAAAAAAAAAAAAAAUUCCUAUUUCCUGCUUGGAACUUUGGGCUGGUGUAUUGUUGGCCCAGGUUUUUAUAUUUGGGUAUCACACUUGCAUGAUUUAGCACUUAAAAAUAAUAAUCUCAGUGAGCAUCCAAAGCCCAGCUUGUCCAAGGGCUGCAGACACAUGCCCAGGGCUUGAAUUUAAGUUAAAAGCAGGCCCUGAUAUAUUUAGGGACAUUUGAAGUCCAUUUAGGUAAAUCUGCAGAGAAUUUCAGCCUGGGGAUUUCAAUUAAAGGAUUUUUUUUUCCUCCCUUUCUAGGCUGAGCCCAUAAUCUUUUUCUCCUCAGCUCCUUAAAAACCUCUGGUGUUUCCUAAAAUAGACACCUCUGUUAGAGAUGCUGUGAGAGAAGCAAAUCUCUGAUUAAAAAAACAGGAUGGGAAAUCAAUGGGAGAGAGAAACUGGUGUGAAAAUCACCCUGACAUUUCUGCUCAAAGCCCUGUCCCAAAGGAGACACUUGGGAGGAAAAUUUAAAGAUUAUUUUUUCCCUCGUGAGUUUUUCUUUUCCUCUCUAUUUUAUUUAUUUUAUUUAUUUUUUAAUUUUAUUUUGCACGACACUCCACGGCUGAGCAGGAAGGAUGCUCAAUAUUAUCAAUAUUAUUUUCCUACAAAUUCCACGGGCUGGAAUUCAAUGGAAUUCCUGGCUGACAAAAAUUCAAAAUUCAAUGGAAAUUUUCCAAGCUGGAAUUUCUGGCUCUUUCCAGGGAAGUUUCAGCUCAAACAGUGAGGCUGGAGCUGAUCACCCUUUUGAGGAAUAUCUAAAUAACCAAGCUGGUGAUGCCUUCACCUUUUCUCAUUGCACUAAAUCCUGCUCUAGCACUGAAAAGAAAAUUGCACUUUUCCCCCCCCCCCAAAAAAAAAGCUUUGGCAGACUGUUAAUUGUCACAUCUGGGUGACAAACACCUCGGAGGAAGAUCUAAAAUC